GUUCAAUCCUGGGUCACUUCAAACGAAAUUUAUUAGUUUUUUUUUUUAUUAAUCCCCAAUUUAAGUGCUGUCAUGUCUUUGAUCUGCAUGCACUCAAUCUAAAAAUCGUUAUUUAAAACAUACUUACUGUAACAAUUUAUUUGUUUAAUGUGUCCAUUGGGAAUAGAGCACAGCUGUGAUUGAGCUUAAAAUCAAUUUAUGUCAUGAGCAAGCUUGCUACUUCAUUAGCCACUUGAAUUGCAAUCACAGUUGUUGUUUAGUUUCAGACUUGAAAACACAAAGAUAGUUUCAGUCAAAAGAUUUAUUAGAUCAAAUGUGGAAGCUCCGAUUUGGAAUGGCCUGGAGAGCAGUAAUGUUAUUAUUAGUUUGUGCUGCUGUUACUUCUGCAGAAGAUUUUGGCUAUGGAGUCCAACGCGGACCCGGAACUUGGGCAAGAGAUUACGAACAAUGCAAUGGCAAGCACCAAAGUCCAAUUAAUAUUAAUAAAAUGGCUGUUAUAAGGAUGGAAUAUCCUAAAAUGAAUUACUACAACUUCGAUUUACGACCCAAGUCGGUAACCUUGACCAACAAUGGACACACUGUGCUGGUCACAAUGAACUUCACAGAAGGUAAAGAGCCGCGUCUAAGUGGCGGACCUCUGAAAAUAGAUGCUGUUUAUCAAUUUGAGCAGUUCCAUUUCCAUUGGGGAGAGAACGAUACACUCGGUAGUGAGGAUAUGAUCAACAAUCAACGAUAUCCCGCUGAGCUACAUGUGGUGAUGCGUAGUCUAAAAUACCCGGACUUUGCCAGCGCAUUGGAUCAAGAACAAGGCGUUGUGGUAUUAGCAUUCUUCUUUAAGGUGGUUGAAAGGCCAUUGAAUCCGUAUUAUGGCGAAUUUGUGGAGAUGUUAUCCGGGAUCAGAGGAAAAGACAGCUCGAAAAACUUGGUAGAACCUCUGCCACUGUGGAAGUUUCUCUCAACGUACUCAACAAGGUAUUAUAGCUACAUUGGUUCGUUGACAACGCCACCUUGUUCAGAGGAAGUGCUCUGGAUUGACUAUCAAGAUGCUAUAUACAUAUCGGAGUACCAGCUAAAUCUCUUUCGCAACCUCACCGCCAGCGAUGAGCACUUGAAGAACAAUUUCCGUCCAAUUCAAAAGCUUAAUGAUCGUUUAAUUUACGAAAAUGUACCCAAGGACAAUCUACAAACGAACUGGAUGCCUCCACCUAGUGCGGCGCCCUUGACUAGCUCUUUAAAUGUGAUUAUCCUACUGGGCAUCGCCAUGUCCGUGCUGCUAAAAAGGCCAUAUUUUGGCAGCCUUUUAAUUUGGAAUAGUUUACUUGGUAUACCGACGCAGACCGCAUCAUACUUUGUUUGCGUUAAAGGCAUUGCUCGCAUGCUUCACAUUUUAAUUAAGCCUUGCCGCAGCCAGCGAACUUGUGCUGCUAUUUUAUGGUGUCGUUUUCGUUAUGGAACUUAAAUCAAUACUAAAUACUAGAUGUGAACAUUAAUGGUUUAAGGAAACCAAGUAAUAAUUCUCUUUUAAAUUAAACACUUCGCUGUUUGUAUAAGCAUUUGUUAAUUUGUUAUGUUAUUGCAACUAUCUUUAAAUUGCAUUUCAUGUGCUUUUCAAAUAAACAAAUAAUCAGCUGCAGAACAAAUUUUAAGG